AUGUCGCUCCAUCGACACAAGUUCGACACUGUCAACAACAGGGAAUUUGUUGAUGUCCAGCUCGACAAAGAUCAUGUCGUCUUCCACGGCUCAGAACAAGAGGCAAUGGGCGUCUACCUGAGCGGGCAUCUCGUCUUCCGACUGAAGGAGGCGACCCCAGUCAAACACAUCCGACUACAUUUGACUGGUGUCCGGAGAGUAUCUCUCCCAUCCCGCACAGCUGGAUUCAAGCGGUCGUCACGCGAGACCGAAUUCUAUAAGCAGACGUGGGAGUUUCAUGAUGCGUAUCGAACGGCUCCAGAGAUCUUUCCGGCCGGAGACUACAGGUACCCGUUCAAUGUUAUCCUGGAGGGGUCGAUGCCCGAGACUCUCGAGGGACUCAAAGACGCGUCGAUCAUGUAUGCCUUCGCCGUUGAAAUUGGUCGCAAGCAUGGCAAGAAUAUCACAUACCGGAAACCGCUGCGCGUGAUUCGGGCGCCAAAGCCCGCUUGUGUGGAUUUGACACUCGACGAAGUCUGGGCACAAAAGAUCGCAUACCGGGUCGAGAUGCCCAGCAAAGUCGUCGCAUUCGGAACAUCAGUCGACGUGAAUUACGACUUUGUGCCAAUCGUUCCCGGCCUCACAAUCGCACACAUCGAGUCACAGCUGACCGAAAUCCGAGACCUCACAUUGAACGAAGACGAUCUCCCCACUACCCGCAAUACAUCGAGCACAACGGCCGUGUUGGCAAGCGAUACCUACACAAUCGACCAAAACAGCGCGCACUAUACGACGAAAUCAACCGACGGAUUCCAAUUUUCGCGCUCACUGCAGCUCCCGCGAUCGCUGGGCCAGUGCGUGCAGGACACGAGCGCGAUGGGGAUCGAUAUCAAACACAAGCUCAGAAUCCACGUUCGGAUGCGGAAUCCUGAUGGACAUUUUAGCGAGCUGCGACUUGCGAUCCCCGUGUCGAUAUAUCUGUCGCCGCACUAUCGUGUCUGGGAGGGGGAGACCUUUUCUGGUGAGGCGCCGCCCGUCUUUAUGGAGAGUGAAUUGAGCGACGAGGCUCCUCCGCCGUAUGGGCAGCAUGAGCUCGACCGGACGUUUGAUGGGCAGUAUCGGGUUGCUGCGACUUGA